CUCUGUCAUUCGGGUGGCGCAAGCGCACUGGCCCCCGUUAUUGUUACAAUUGUAGCAAAGCCGACGGGUACCUUGUAUCUUGUGAACGCCCCCUCCGGCUUUCUCUCCCUCUCGGGCCGGAGCGACGCCUUCGAGCCCCGUUGAGUCCAUCGCGGGCGGCGGCGGCGGCAGCAUGCCGAUCAACAGAUCUGAAAAGCCUGACAAACCUGAUAAUUCUGAUAAUGUCAAAGUUGUUGUUCGUUGCCGGCCAUUCAAUGAGCGGGAGAAGGCAAUGUGUUAUAAAAUGGCAGUCAAUGUUGAUGAAAUGAGAGGCACUAUUACUGUGCAUAAAACAGAUUCUUCCAAUGAACCUCCCAAGACAUUUACAUUUGAUACUGUUUUUGGGCCAGAGAGCAAGCAACUUGAUGUUUAUAACUUGACUGCAAGGCCAAUCAUUGACUCUGUUCUGGAAGGUUACAAUGGUACCAUUUUUGCUUAUGGACAGACAGGAACAGGAAAGACUUUUACUAUGGAGGGUGUCCGGGCUGUACCAGAACUCAGGGGAAUCAUUCCCAAUUCCUUUGCUCAUAUAUUUGGACACAUUGCAAAGGCUGAAGGCGAUACAAGGUUUUUGGUUCGAGUCUCUUACUUAGAAAUCUACAAUGAGGAAGUACGUGACCUCUUGGGGAAGGACCAGACACAGAGGCUAGAGGUUAAAGAACGACCCGAUGUAGGAGUCUAUAUCAAAGAUCUUUCAGCAUAUGUUGUCAACAAUGCAGAUGACAUGGAUAGAAUUAUGACACUUGGCCAUAAAAACCGUUCUGUUGGUGCCACUAAUAUGAAUGAGCACAGUUCCCGUUCCCAUGCGAUCUUCACAAUCACCAUUGAGUGCAGUGAGAAGGGUGUGGAUGGGAAUAUACAUGUGCGCAUGGGCAAGCUACAUCUAGUAGAUCUUGCGGGUUCAGAAAGACAAGCAAAAACGGGAGCUACUGGGCAACGACUGAAAGAAGCAACAAAAAUUAACCUUUCUCUCUCCACCCUUGGGAAUGUCAUUUCUGCCCUGGUUGAUGGGAAGAGCACUCAUGUGCCUUACCGUAACUCUAAACUGACUCGACUACUUCAGGACUCCCUUGGUGGCAACUCCAAAACUAUGAUGUGUGCAAACAUUGGCCCAGCGGAUUACAAUUACGAUGAGACAAUCAGCACUCUGCGAUAUGCUAACCGGGCGAAAAAUAUCAAGAAUAAGGCUAGAAUUAAUGAAGAUCCAAAGGAUGCCUUACUUCGCCAAUUUCAAAAAGAAAUUGAAGAACUUAAGAAAAAGUUGGAAGAAGGGGAAGAAAUCUCUGGUUCUGAGACCAGUGGCUCUGAAGAGGAUGAUGAAGAGGAUGAUGGGGAAAUUGGUGAAGAUGGAGAAAAACGAAAGAAACGAAGGGGCAGUGGCAGCAGCAGUAGUUCAGACUCUCCAUGCUCUGUCAUAGAAAAACCUCUGGAUAAAACCUUCACUAAUCAAGCAGGAAAAAAGAAAGUUUCUCCUGACAAGAUGAUGGAAAUGCAAGCCAAAAUUGAUGAAGAAAGGAAAGCACUUGAAACAAAGCUUGAUAUGGAAGAGGAAGAAAGGAACAAAGCCCGUGCAGAACUUGAAAAAAGGGAGAAAGAUUUGCUUAAAGCCCAGCAAGAACAUCAGUCUCUAUUAGAGAAGUUGUCAGCUUUGGAAAAAAAAGUGAUUGUAGGAGGUGUGGAUUUGUUGGCUAAAGCUGAGGAGCAAGAGAAGCUUCUGGAAGAAUCUAACAUGGAGUUGGAGGAACGACGGAAAAGAGCAGAGCAACUCCGAAAAGAGCUUGAGGAGAAAGAGCAAGAGCGUUUGGACAUUGAAGAAAAAUAUACCAGCCUGCAAGAGGAAGCUCAAGGGAAGACUAAGAAGCUGAAAAAAGUUUGGACAAUGCUAAUGGCAGCCAAGUCGGAGAUGGCAGAUCUACAACAGGAGCAUCAGAGAGAAAUUGAAGGCUUACUGGAGAACAUUCGACAGCUCAGCAGAGAGCUUCGGCUUCAAAUGCUUAUAAUUGACAACUUUAUACCUCAGGAUUACCAGGAAAUGAUUGAGAACUAUGUUCACUGGAAUGAAGAUAUUGGAGAAUGGCAGCUGAAAUGUGUGGCAUAUACUGGAAAUAACAUGAGAAAACAGACUCCAGUGGCAGAUAAAAAAGAAAAAGAUCCCUUUGAGGUGGACCUUUCCCAUGUAUAUCUAGCUUACACUGAAGAGAGCUUGAGACAGUCUUUGAUGAAACUAGAAAGACCAAGAACAUCAAAAGGAAGAUCAAGGCCCAAAACUGGCAGAAGGAAACGCUCUGCAAAAUCAGGAGCUGUGAUUGAUUCACUACUUCAAUAGCCCAAAACAGUUGGGGAUUGUAGGAAAGAUGAAUGCUUGUGUGGCUUAACACCUGGCCCAAUAUUAUCAGCCUGUGGUUGUUACUCGAGACAAUAAGAAAAUUGUUUUUUUUUCUUGUUUCAGUUACCAUUACGUCUUCUGUUAUGCUAAUGUAAUUCAUUCAGAUUCAACAACGUGGGACCUGUAAACUUGUCAUUUUAUGAAUGCCACUAGGCAUUGUGCAAAAGCAGCUGUUGGGAAUAUCUUGUGUUUUAGAAUGGUAUAUAUUUAAUGGAAAAGAUGGUAUACGUGUCUGUCUAAAUUUUAAAGAUUAGCCGUAUUCCAAGUAAACAGAUUUAUAUCCUGACAUACCAGUUUUGCUUUGUAUGUUGCCAUUUGCCAUGGACAUUAUGCCCUGUUUGUACAGCUACAGACUUCUGUUUUUUACAUACGAGUAGUAGUUACAAAGUCUGGGAAUUCUGGAAUUUUCCCCAUCUCUUAGGCAUCAUCUACCCUAUCUGUGGGAGAAUUUCCAGUUUCUUUAGCAUAUGUGCAUAUACUUGGUAAUAUACAAAGAUGGACUGUUAUAAAAUCGGUGGUGUUGGAUUUCCCUGGUUUGGAUGGCAGGGAUAAAGGAACCCUUGGGAUUUCAGUUGUAGCAAGUACAUAGUCUACUUCAAAUAUAGUUGCUUGAUUUGCAGGAGGAAGCUCACAGAGAUAAUUUUAAAGGUAAUGUCACUCUAAAAGAACAUGCUUUUUUCAUUUAUAUCCCUAAUUUUUGAGGAGAGCAAGAGAACUUAGAAAUAUUUUAGAAAAUAACUUUGGUCUUGCUUUCUCCACAAAUAUUUCAGUGAAGGAACAGUGCAGAUCUUCUCAGAAUGACAACAGCUAAACCAAGUGAUGCUGUACUUACUGAGCACUGAGACAUUGGCAUGCAGUAGCAUUAAGUAGGCUGCUUAAUGUGUUUUUAUCUGCUUUUCCUAGAACAGGCAUCAACAACAUAAAGUCCAUAGGGGCCAUACUCCCAUGAAACUACUAAGUGGCACCCACAGAAUUCCCACAUUAAACACAAAAGCAAGCUUUAAAAAGUGAUUGAAAUCUUAUAAGAUGGUUCAGUCUUGCAGGCUUUCACUGUCCUCACAUCUCAGGAGUGAAAGUUCCGAAAUCUCAUGAGAUGUUGGCUGUGGCUUUGGUGCUCAUGCCAUCACAAUUCAAAGGGCUGUUGAAGGAACUGAAGCAUCAUGCUUUUUCACCAUUCAACGAAUUUGGUUGAUUCCAGCUAGUUCCAAAUCUAAUAUUUUAUUUAUGAAGAUAUGCUGCUGCCACCCACAGAUGUAUUUUAUUUACAUUUAUAUGCCAUACUGAGUGCUGGACAUACCUGUUAACUGUAUAUACUUGAAAAAUCUUAAUUUUAAUCUGAUAUAUUGUGAUUUGCAUUUUAAAAAGGUGUGAUGGUCAAUGCUCUAAACAAAAAGAAUUUAUGUUAUUCUUUGGUAACCGGAUUUACAAUUCCUGUUACUGAUUCUUACAGAUUGCAACUGAUUGCUAUAGAUGAUCUUUGCUUUUUUAAUCUACUUUAGUGGCUUUAUCUGAAUGUCAGCAAAGGCAAAAGUGAUGAUGAAUAUGGAGCACAGGCGUGGGUAAAGGAAAAAGAAUGAAUGGGAGGGAAGAAUAACAACCUUCUAAAAUCAAAGCUAUUCACUUUUGAACAUUAGAAAACAAAGUUUAGUUAUGGAAUAUAAGUAAAUAGUUGGUAGAUUAUUAGAUUUAAAAAGAAAUUGUCUAGUUCUUUUCAAAAGCAACAUUCUAGUUUUGGCACAGACUUAGGAGUGGUGUUUACUAUGGCAAGGAGAAAGAAUAAAUAGUGGUACUUCCAUAGAUGUGGGGAACUUGUGACCUGCUGGAUGAUAACGAACACCAAUUCCCAGCAUGACCCUGGAUAAUGGGGACUAUCACUAAGCAUGGAAGGGGCUGUGGCUUUUCUCAGCAAAAGAAGGGCAUGACACCACAGGUAAGUAUCCUGCAGCUUUCCAUGUGCAGCAUCUGCCCUGGCUGGUUUCCAGAUGAGGUCUGUGCAAAGCCUUUGCAAGAGAUGAGCCUGUCUGGAUUGUUAAAGCAGCCUUUGUUCUAGAGCCAGGCUGCUCAAGAAGCUGCUCAUAGCUAUUUUACUUUGUUUUCUUCAUAGCAUGGUGAAGCAGCUUCAUGAGGAUGCAGGAUGGAGUUAGCUGAGGGUGGCUUUCAAAGCACCCAAAACUUUGCAAAAGACUCAUCUUGCUUUUAACAGUUCAAAGAGAAACCGUCUGUGUUGUGGAUCACCUCUUUCAAAGGCUUUGCAGAGCCCUGCUACAAACCCAGAAUUAGGAGACUCAUGUUUAAUCAGUCAGGUUGGGCUAAAGCUUUUAUUCUUCCUGUUUCUUCUGUUGCAACUUUUAAAGUCAUUUGUAUGUGUAGUGUUUCACUUCCUUUGUUUUAACUCUUACCUAGUUCUUGCAUUUCAAGCAGAGCAGGAAAAAUGCCAGUCUCACUGUUUUUGCAGUUAGUUACCUUGAAUUCUUUUCAAUUUAAAUUUAUACCAACUGAUUAUUCUUCCUUCGCACCCAGUACUGCAUAUAUUAGGAAAAAAAGAUAUACAAUUUGUUCCUAUUUAUUAUUUUGCUAACUUCUUUAACAUUUCAAGGUUGUGGUUUUGUGGUAUACAAGGUGUGUUCUUCCUAAUGUAUAUACUAGUAAAAUGUCUGGACAGUUAAAUGUAUUGGUGCCAAGAAAUAAAUAUCUUGGAACCCCUUA